UAUUAUGGGAACAAUGUCAAGCGCUCAAGAUGAGAGGCACAAAACGAAAGCAAUGAAUAGGUUAGUCGUUAUUUAGUGAUUUUAUUUUCUCUUUUACUAAAAUUGUUGUUGCUCCUCAAGGAAACCGCUGGAGUAAACCUUUCACUACCGUCUCGCAUCACGACUCGAUUGAAAUUAAGACGGCUUUUAUCCAUUAAGAAGUGCAACUGACAGUACGUUCGAAUCACGCGAGCAAAACCUUGAAUUUUGUGCAUGUUGGUGUAAAUAAUGCUAAGAAAAAAGGUGAAGAUAAAACUAGCUAUGUGGAGUGAAGCUGUGUUCUUUUACACGUCAUAAAUACGACGAAAUCUCGGGAUUCCCCGAAAAAACUGACGUAGCGUGACAAACCGUGCACUCAACCGCAGCAAAUUUAAGAAACAACAGCGAGGACACGUUCAUUUUAAAGUUCCUUUACGCUAAUGCGAUGAGUCUUAGAAACACCGCAGCAUCAAACCAAGGUAAGAUGAGCAUUAAAAUCAUUUGAUAGUCAUUCCUAGGAAUUUCAAUUUGCGAUCGACAUGUUCAAACUGAGUAUACUAAAGGAAAGGAAUGGCUCGUUGCAUACAUAUGAAGCUUUUGCUUUUUCACUCUUGAGCGCUUUAGAUCCUUAGAACUCUACUAUUGUUAUGCUGUAUCGCUUUACGUCGGAGUAAACUUGAGAGAAUGGGGAUUUAUCUAAGGUUGAAUUUUCUGUACUGCAAUCGUAAUCUCGCAAUGGUAUAUUCAGUUCUUCAUAAUUCAUUAUCCUUGAGAUUUAAUUAUGUUUCCAGUAGGUAUGAGGGAAGAAAGAAAAGAUAUUUACCGAUGGCUAGCGGCUCGCAAUCUACCUAUUUCAGAUUCAUGUCUAAGAACAACACCUUUGCCUAUCAACCAUAAUUUCGAUGCGUCGGUUUAGCUGAAAUAGACAGAAAGCAGGAAUUCAAUCGAAAGACGGAAUCACAGCGGACGUUGAGAAGAAUUUCAAUCGAGUGAUCUUCUGUCACGGGAUUAAAAUUCUUUCUUUGUUGCGCGUUUUUUGUCACGCGAUCCUGCAGUCGUUACGCACUCAUCACUUUUAUCGCCUGUUGUCCCAUUUCAAGUAAUUUAAGGUAAGCAUUUCUUGACUUUAAUUUUCCAGGGGCCAAUGAUGGUGAGGAUGAAGUCGAUGCCAUCUUUAGGUAGGUUUUUCCUUAUGGUCUACGAUGUAACAUUUUUUUUUCGCGAAAAAACCGAAUCGGAUUUUUAUCUCUAGCCUGCGUAACACUCCUCUCCGUUUUCUUUUAGCUAGGCGUUAGCUAAGCGGAAAGCAUGCACGCGACGGCAUGCCGCUUUGGGAGCAAAUAGCUCAUAGAUUACGUUGUAGGGACGAAGACUUCCCAAGAAUACUCUCUUUCUCACAAAGCAAAUUGUCUGCAGCGAUUUUUGUCGCAGUAGACCAUUUUUCAUCAGAGCAAGGAGCUGCGGUUGUACUCGCUAUGUCUGGACCAGACAUUUUGAUUUUUUGUCUUUACCUUUAGACACAGCAAACAACGCUUCCAUGAGGCACACUUGGGGAUCCUCGAUGCACUGCGAGAAUUGGUCAUCCCAACGCGCAGAGCAGAAGAGGAGGAAGCCCUGUUCAAUGGAGAGUUACAGAGCAGCCGUUUUCUCUACGAAGGGAAUAAAGCUCGCAAGUUCGUGGGAAAGAUAUUCCUACAGAACGGAAAUCAAGGAACGGGUACAAUGUUGACCGAAAGGAUCCUGCUUACAGCCUCACACGUUUUCAAGAAUUGUAAAGAGGGCGAGGUGUCGUUUGAACAAGUCGAUCCAAACGCAAGCUUCUACAAGAUGUCAGAGGUGAAAUUUGCCCUCGAACCGGACGCGUGUUUCGUGUCACAUCCAGAUAAUAGUCUCGACAUCGCGUUGCUUGCCGUGUCCGAGAGAUCGCUUGACGGCGGAACGCCUUUAAGUGAAGUGGGUUACUGCACGAAGAUAUUACCGUCAAUAACAGCAGGCACUCACGUGAAUAUCAUCCAGUAUCCUGAAAAUAGCAACCAGAUGGUGGUGCUGCGAAGCAACCAAGUCCUUCACUACGAUGAAAGUUUCCUGAAGCUUUUCUCCAAGGACUUUAUCGAACACCACCGCUUCGAGACUCGGCGGCGUGCAGUGAAGAAGAACUCGUGGAAGUGGCCAUUUAGCAAGGCACGAGAAAAAGCAGCUGAUUCGGAUUCCAGUUCGCCAUUUCUACAUUACAGAGCCGAUACCAAGUACGGUUCCUCUGGCGCGCCAUGUUUUGACGACAUGUGGAAUCUGAUUGGUUUCCAUCACUGCGCACUCUCCGUGGAGCACAGGAAUAGGCCAAAUAUGUUUACUUAUGCGGCUAAUGAAGGUGUUAGAAUUAAUGUUGUUACUGAGUGGGCCGAUGAGGCACUUGCUAGCUACAACCUUUAAAACGUAUUACCGUGAAAAAUUUGGAGAGCUAUUUGGAGGAAAUUAAACUUCACUGGACACUUUCCUAAAACUGCGACUAAACUUGAAAUUCUAAAUUUAGAAGUUUGGUGAUGUCGAUUGAAAAUUACCCCUUAUUAUAGAAAACAAACCAACCACCCUUUUAUUUGAAAGAUGACGUCCCAAUUGCAAAAUUUUAGAGGGUUCUUUUUUCCCGUGGACGAGUCUGAUCAAUUUGUUGGCGGUAAUGAUGUGAUUCAGAAAAGUGUCAAAAAGUCUCUUUUUUACAAAGCAUCCUUAGAAAAAUAAUGUUCAAAGUUACUUCAGUGUGU